AUGCCCGUGCCUAACUUGCCCAACAUAGAACUCCGUCAAAUCUCCACCGUUUGGGAUGUUCUUGGUACCGUCAGAAUCUGGUUUUAUAGUCGUGAAAUCGGGUAUCCGAGCCGGCUCUGCCUGUGGGCGAUUAUCCUGCCUACAACGGCAGGACUUGAACCUGCAUUCCUUGCAGUCAACUUUUUGUCGGCAUAUGGGGCUAUCGUUGGCGCUACCACUAUCGCGCCUCAUCAUGAAGAAGUAGUGGAGAGAAAGAUGAAUUGGAAGGGUGUUGGGGUGAUGGCAGGACUUGAACCUGCACUCCUCCGGCCUGCCCAUGGACUUAUGGAGGCUACCAUUGGCGCUACCACUAUUGCACCUCACCAUCCCAAAAGGUAG